UCACGAGUUUGCAACUAGACUGAACCUGACGCCGCUGCGCUUAGAUACUUUUAUAUGGCUCUGAGCUGAGCUCAGAUCGGUUCGGCUGACUGAUUGACUGACUGACUGACUGACUGUCGUUGUCACUGUCGUUGUCGAUGUCGACGUCCUUCCCUGUCAGACGGAUUCCUCAAUGUGUGUAGCGCUUCUUCCUCAUUUGUUUUGGGAAGUAUGCAAAACAACAACACAACAAUAAAAACAAAUGCAAACAAUACCCGAUACGAUGCGAUCCGAUCCGAUCCGUUUCGAUCCGAGACAAAAACAAUUGCGAUUAGCCUUAGGCCUGUUUGCGUUUUUUUAUCUGCUGCAGAAUACGUCUCUUGAGUGACUCAUUCAAUUCAUCUUCUGCAUCCAUGGUGGGGCAUUCAAGUGACGCACUUGUCGAUAAGAACUCAAUCUCGAACUCGAACUUGAUCUGGAAUUGGACUUGGAUACAAAACCGCAACAAAUUACGCGGGAUUCUCUUGCUUUCUCUCUUUCAUUCGCCACGAUUGAAGUUCAAGAGCUGAAUCAUUUGAUAUGCAUUCAGCUGGAUGGAUCUGUUGUGUAUUGUCGCUGGUGUUGGCCAGCUUCGAGGUUACCAGCAUUCAAUUCGCAAUCAAGGAUCAUAAAUAUGCAAUAAUGGAAAAGUGUCAUCUGAGGGCCGUGAAUCGCAGCAUCAAAUUAUUCGACUUGCGCAUCAAACUGCUGAAAUUACCCAUAACAAAUGUCGUGGUGAAGUGGUCUUUGCUUAAGCUGAGCAACGGAUAUUUGCCCUUCAAUCACAACUACACGCUGGAUGGCUGUAAAUUUUUAAGGCACAGCAAUCAUCUGAUCAAUAAUUUCAUAUAUGGCAUAUUUAAGGAUUAUACAAACCUUAAUCAUACUUGUCCUUACAAUCAUGAUGUCAUCGUAGACAGUUUUCCAUCACGUUCCUCUAAAGAUUUUGACCUCAUGUUCCUUGCAAAGGGAGAUUAUGCCAUUGAUACUGCUUGGUAUACGGAUGGCAUAUUGCGGGCUGACGGUAGAAUAAAGUUUACAUUUGCCUAAUACAUUAAACCGAAAUCUAUUUUGUACAUUAAAAAUCUCGGCUUUGAGAUACCCGCAACCCAUUUUCAAUAAAAGCAAAACAGUGCGGUUUUAUUCCUUAAUUAUACAAAAUUAAUAAACCGAAGGCUAUAUUUGGU